AUGUUUGGACAGUAUUGCAGACAGUAUUGCAGACAGUUUUGUAAACACUUUUACAACAAGACACCAAUUUUUCAAUCUCCCCGUAUGGCAUCAACAUUGGUACCUCCACAGACCCCACUAGAAUGGACACAUACUCCGGAAUCCAUUCUCUUACAAACAGAGAAGCUCAUUGCGGAGGCAAGGGCAAUGGAUGACGCUAUAGCAGCCGUUCCAUUAGAGAAGGCCACCAUCGACACGGUAAUUAAGCCAUAUGCCGAUUUGGAAAACAGACAGGCCGGUUUGACCAACCAGUUGACUUUCUAUCAACACGUUUCUGCCAAUAAGGACUUGAGAGAUGCGUCCAAUGAGGCUGACGCCAAAUUCCGUAAAUAUGGAAUUGAAGCUGGUUUAAGAGAGGAUGUAUUUAGGGUCAUCAACAAGGUCUAUGAAACUAUUAAAGAUGAUGAAUCCCUUGAUAAGGAAACCAAGAGAUUUAUUGAAAAGGUCAACAAACAGUACAUUAGAUCUGGAUUGUCUUUGCCGCUAGAAACCAGAGAAAAAGUCAAGGAAUUAAAACAACAACUCUCAACAUUAGCUUUAAAGUUUUCUUCGAAUUUAUCAGAAGAGACUGGCUCAAUUCUUUUUUCCAAGGAACAACUGGAUGGUGUUCCUAAGGAUGUUGUUGAUCAGUUUGAAAAGGUUGAAGGUAAGUUUAAGAUGACUUUCAAAUACCCCGAUUUGUUUCCUGUCCUCAAAUACGCAAAUGAUGCACAAACUAGAAAGGCUGCUCUAAUUGGAGACCAAUCCAAAUGCCCUGAAAAUGCUGGCAUUUUAAUUGAAGCUGUGAAAAUUAGGGCACAAUUGGCACACCUUUUGGGAUACAACAAUUUUUCAGAGUACAUCCUUGAAGAGAGAAUGGCUAAGGAUCCAAAGACCGUGAUGAAUUUCUUGGAAGAUUUGAAAGCCAAAUUGAGACCGUUGGGUGAAGUUGAACUAUCCAAAUUGAAAGCUUUGAAGGAUAAACAUACUGGCAAGGAAAAUGAGUCUUACAACAUUUGGGAUCAAAAUUAUUAUAACACCAAAAUGUUGGAACAAAACUAUAAUGUCGAUGAACUGAAAAUUUCGCAGUAUUUCCCAAUGAAUAAUACUAUUGCUAAAAUGCUCUCCAUUUAUGAGACCAUUUUUAACUUGAAGUUUGUUGAGAUUGAAAAGGGUUCCAAAGGUUACAAUACUUGGCAUGAAGAUGUCAAGCAGUUCCAAGUUUGGAAAAAAGAUGACCCACAAACCCCAGUCUUUGUUGGUUACCUAUAUUUUGAUUUGCAUCCAAGAACAGGUAAGUACGGUCAUGCUGCAAAUUUUGGCCUUGUUCCAAGCUAUAUUGAUGUCCAAACAGGUGAGAAAAACUAUCCUUCAACCUCUCUUGUUUGUAACUUCACCAAGGAUACACCAGAGAAACCCUCCUUGCUCAAACACGGUGAAGUUGUUACCUUCUUCCAUGAAUUGGGUCAUGGUAUUCAUGACUUGAUGGGCCAAACGCAGUACUCCAGAUUUCACGGCACUUCUGUGAGUUGGGAUUUUGUGGAAAUGCCUUCUCAGCUACUAGAAUAUUUCUGCUGGGAUGAGUCGAUGCUAAAGAAACUAUCCUGUCACUAUGAGACAGGGGAAUCCUUACCAGAUGAUUUGAUUAAAUCAUUAGUCGCCUCUAAGAAUGUCAAUGGUGCAUUGUUUAAUUUAAGACAAUUGCACUUUGGUUUGUUUGAUAUGGCUUUACACACGUCCAAAGAUGGUAAUGUUGAUAUGGAUAAGCUGUGGAAUGAUAUGAGAGAAGAAAUCUGUUUGAUUAGUAACGGCGGUAUCACCUUCAAAGGUUAUGGUUCAUUUGGUCAUUUGAUGGGCGGUUAUGCUUCUGGUUAUUAUGGUUACUUAUGGUCUAAUGUUUUUGCUGCAGAUGUUUUCUUUACAAAGUUUGCUAAGGAUCCAUUGAAUGUCCAAAAUGGUAUGGACUACAGAAACAAAAUUUUAGCUAGAGGUGGUUCUAGGGAUGAGAUGGAUAACUUAGUUGAUCUUCUCGGUAGACAACCUUCCUCCACUUCAUUUUUGAACGAAUUGGGAUUAUCACAAUGA